CCCGCCUCCCGCAGGCACUCUGGGCGGAGAGGCAGCAUUCGAGGGCUCCGCCGCCAGCAGCCGGGCCGGGCGGCGAGGCACAUGGCAUGUCUGAUGGCGGCUUUCUCCCUGGGCACCGCUUUGAACGGCAACAAUUCUGCUUGUACCAUGGCUGAGCCAAAGUCAGUGUGUGUUUCCGUGGAUGAAGUGGUCUCAAAUGGCACAGAUAACCAAGACAUUAGACUGAUGAAUGGACAUUUGAAAAAGGUAGACAAUCCUCUGACAGAAGCUCAUCGUUUCUCCUACCUACCCCGCAGACCAGCUGUGAAUAUAGAGUUUAAAGAACUGUCAUACUCUAUCCAAGAAGGGCCAUGGUGGAGGAAGAAAGGUUAUAAGACCCUUUUGAAAGGAAUUUCAGGGAAGUUCAGCAGUGGAGAACUUGUUGCAAUUAUGGGUCCUUCAGGAGCUGGGAAGUCAACUCUCAUGAACAUUCUGGCAGGAUACAGAGAGACAGGAAUGAAGGGAGAAAUUCUCAUCAAUGGACAGCCUCGUGACCUACGCUCUUUUCGCAAAGUCUCCUGCUACAUCAUGCAAGAUGACAUGCUGCUUCCUCAUCUGACUGUCCAGGAGGCUAUGAUGGUAUCUGCUCAUCUGAAACUUCAAGAGAAAGAUGAAGGCAGAAGAGAAAUGGUAAAGGAAAUAUUGACAGCCCUUGGAUUGCUGACAUGUGCCAAUACGAGGACUGGGAGUCUUUCUGGAGGCCAGAGAAAGCGUCUUGCCAUUGCUUUGGAAUUGGUGAACAAUCCUCCUGUUAUGUUUUUUGAUGAACCAACCAGCGGCUUGGAUAGUGCAUCAUGUUUUCAGGUUGUCUCUCUGAUGAAGGCUUUAGCACAGGGUGGCAGGUCCAUCAUCUGCACGAUUCACCAGCCCAGUGCUAAACUGUUCGAGUUGUUUGAUCAGCUCUAUGUUUUAAGUCAAGGUCAAUGCAUUUACCGUGGGAAGGUAUUAAACCUAGUCCCUUACUUGAGAGAUUUGGGUUUGAAUUGCCCAACCUACCACAAUCCAGCAGAUUUCGUUAUGGAAGUAGCAUCUGGUGAAUAUGGAGACCAGAACAGCCGGCUGGUAAGGGCAGUACGGGAGAGGAUAUGUGACACAGACUACAAGAGAGAUGUUGGUGGUGAGAAUGAGUUGAACCCCUUCCUGUGGCACCGGCCUUCAGAAGAGGAUUCCUCCUCCACAGAAGGCUGCCACAGUUUCUCUGCCAGCUGCCUAACCCAGUUCUGUAUCCUCUUCAAAAGAACUUUUCUCACCAUCAUGCGGGAUUCGGUUCUGACACACUUGCGUAUCACCUCACACAUUGGCAUUGGGCUGCUCAUCGGCUUACUCUACUUAGGCAUUGGCAAUGAAGCUAAGAAAGUCCUCAGCAACUCUGGCUUCCUUUUUUUUUCCAUGUUGUUUCUGAUGUUUGCUGCACUCAUGCCAACUGUUCUUACAUUUCCUCUUGAGAUGGGAGUAUUUCUUAGGGAGCACCUGAACUACUGGUACAGCCUGAAAGCCUACUAUCUCGCCAAAACCAUGGCAGAUGUCCCUUUUCAGAUCAUGUUUCCCGUGGCUUACUGCAGCAUUGUGUACUGGAUGACUUCACAGCCAUCUGAUGCACUCCGAUUUGUCCUCUUCGCAGCCUUGGGAACCAUGACAUCCCUGGUGGCUCAGUCACUGGGUCUUCUCAUAGGUGCAGCCUCUACAUCCCUCCAGGUGGCCACUUUUGUGGGCCCAGUUACUGCCAUCCCGGUGCUUCUGUUCUCUGGGUUUUUUGUCAGUUUUGAUACCAUCCCAACAUACCUCCAGUGGAUGUCCUACAUUUCCUAUGUCAGAUACGGGUUCGAAGGAGUUAUUCUCUCCAUCUAUGGACUGGAUCGAGAAGAUCUGCAUUGUGACAAAGAUGAUACUUGCCAUUUCCAGAAGUCAGAGGCCAUUCUAAGAGAACUGGAUGUAGAAAAUGCCAAACUUUACCUGGACUUCAUUGUUCUUGGAAUUUUCUUCUUCUCUCUGCGCCUAAUUGCCUAUUUUGUUCUCAGAUACAAAAUCCGAGCAGAGAGGUAAAGGAAAACCAGCUAAAACGAUGCAGUAGGAAGAUCUUUAGACAUGCUAUAGAGGGCACUUGACAUUGUCUCACUGUGGCAGGCCAGUCUCCAGUGCCCAGCUAGAUGCUGUUAUGACCUAGCCCAUAGAGAAUCACAAUGGGAUAGUGGACAUAUAGUGUUAAGCCAAUCAGUCUAGUUGGGUUGGGUUGUGUUUUCAUUACACUUUCUAGCUUUAACUAGGAAGAAGAAAUAGAAGGGAAUUUUACACCAGAGAAUAUCAAUACUGAGUCAAUGUAACUGUAAUUAAAAACCUGGCUGCAGGAACUUUCCUUAUGAAAAACAAUUUCAUAAUAAGGUAAUACUAGUCCUGGUAGCCAGAAUAGUACAAUGUCAUCUAUAGGUGACAAGGUAAUGAGAUGCAAAAUGGGGAAUGCAAACAAAUUAGGAUUCUCUCAUCUUUUUAAAUUCAGAGUUUCAUCUUUGCAGUUUUCUAUGUAUUAUUUUGCUAUUCUUUUCCACAGAUUUACCCCUUCUGGCCAAAAGUCUAUAAGUGUAUUAAUUAAUAAGGUAAAGAUAUCUUUUUAAUACGGAUACUUUUUUAAAACAAACGUAAAGUGAUUCAAGUGAUUAUUUUUGUUUCUGUCUAAAUUUAGAAUUCUGGUGCUUUACUUGUCGAGCUGGUCUCAUAUCUGAAAAUUGUAAUGAUGGGAGGAAAAGGCAGAUUCUGAGUCUGCACUCAACCUGUGGUCCAUAUUUGGAAGCAACAAUAGAUAGUACAGGCAGUCAGACGUGUUCAAGCUGUUGCUGAAUGAUGGAAAAAAUGUUUUUUUGCAGUGUCUUUUAAAUCCUCAAUAUAUGUGAUAUUUAAAAUGCUCUGCUCAUUAUCUGUUCGACCUACCUCCUGUGAAUGAAAAAAUCAAAGCACUCCCAACGCUCAUUUUUUCUUAAGUUGUGCAAGCAGAAUCUAUCCCUAAAGCCUGAGCGAUUGGUAAAGCCUGAUGGAGCGCAAGAGCUGUCCACAGCUCAAAGCUUGGAGUAUUGUGUUAAAACACUUGUGACUGCCUCAUAUGGCAGUGUUUAUUAUAUCUGCAACACACUGUGUGUAGGGGCUCUCCUCAAAAUAUACAAACGGCCUUGUCUAAUUAUGCAGGUCUAAUUAUGCCAAGCAGCUCUGUUCUCAUCCCGAAGCCUACAUGCGCAACAUGGGAAUUAAUAGCUAAUUGAUCUAAACACCAAUGAAACCGUUAAAAGAAGCAUGCAUUUAUUUUGCAUAUCUCACCUUUGUAAACUUGGCAGGGGGAGUUCUCAUUCCAAGGUGAUGUGAAUUUUGUCACUGGUUCUCAUGGGUUUGGAUUUUCAACCCAGAAUGAACUUGUGGGGCCCAUACUCGUGUUGGACACCUUGGUGAACUUCUGUGUGAAUUCCACUACCUUCUGCCAUUACUGUGCGUUCACCUUAGUGUCACAGACCUCCGAGUCAGACCUCCGAGCUCUUCAAAUACAUUAUUCCUAUCAGGAUGCUUAAGUCUUGUAGAUUGGAAGCGGCUCGAUGUCAGCAGACCAUUCAGGAGCUCAGCAGCUCAUGGCAGUAGAGUAGAUGAAGAGGGACCUUGCGCAUCUGCUGGUCACCAGCAGUCACAAUUCACAGGCUGUUUUCGAGGUCUCCAUGGCUACAUCUAUACUAGUAGACUAAACAGUGCCAGGGCCAGCUCUGUGAGUCCUCAGACAACUGAGGCUAAAAGGAAUGGUCCCUGUACUGUACUAACUUCUAAACAGAGCCCAAACGUUUUCUGGAAAAGCUCCAGCUGUGGUGGCUUGCAUCUCUGCCAUUUAGCACUGAAGACAGUGGUUUCCCAGUUUUCCUGGCCAGUGUCCAGGCUCUGUUUAAUAUGCCAAUACAGACAUAGAUUGCGUGUAUGUGUUAAGCUCAGGAUGCUUGAAUUAAGACUCUGUUCUGGAAGACUUUAAGUCAAGUCACAUGUUUUAGGAAAGUUAGUUGAACUUUCCCUGAAAGAAAGAUUGACCUGUGAAAGCAAGGUUAAUCUUUGCUGUAGAAGGAAAAAAAAAUCCUUACGCAGCCUCUUUGUAUAGUUUUGUUGCUGGUUUUUCACAAAACGUCCUGGAGCCAGUAGAGCUUUUAUAUAGCUCUGCAGCUUCUCCAGGCAUACUCACAAGCAUGUAUGCACCUAUAUGGCUGUCAGAUAUGAGAAAUUAAGAAUUUUGGCUAUUUUAAAUAAUACUCAUAACUGUGAAGAGUUUUUAAGUAAGUCACAAGCUGAAAUCUCUUGGCACAAGGUGCCUUGAUUAUUUCAAGACUGUCAAAAUAUUUGUGACUAUUACAGGCAAUUCAGAUGCUGUUUGCAAGCACACAAAAGACUAUCUUUGCUAAAUUACUCUUCUGUUGCAUACUGCUGGUCCAGCUGUAGGCUAGCUGAGUAUGAGAGUGACAUCCAUGGCAUUAAAUACUUUCAGGGUUCAUGUUUUGUGUUUACUGACACCAUUUACCAAAUACCACAUUGAAAAUCACUUGCAGUUUACCAAAUUAAGUAUCUCUGCUGGCAUUUCAACACUGUUAACUUACACGAUGGCAAUGCUGUCUUCUUGGAUACUGUCUUGUUAUCUGUGCCUAUUCCUCUGUAGACUUUCUUAUUUUACCUCUUUAGUCUGCAACAUGUCCUCCUGUACUGUAACUUUUAUUGUAUUAUGGUAGCCAAAAGUCUGGUCCUCCACGGGUGUUCCUAAGGAAGUGCAUGCUAUAGAAUAUUUUUUGUCGCUCCAUUUUUCGUUAGAUAUGCUUUUUCCCAUCCGUCUGCUGGCAGCAUUUAUCUGAAAGUUACUAUUCUAAGGAACACUUUCAGACUGUAGUAUCCCAGCAAAGAAAUAAAUUAAUCCUGUUGAAACUCAGCGCUACACAUAAAUGAGAUAAUCAUUCUUUCCCUCCUUAGCUCUAAAAUUAAUUAUCUCUUUUGCCACUACUGUGCGACAGAAGUAUUUACAGUCCAUCCCAAUUAUGUUCUCAUAUACUGCAAAGAUUUUUAACGCAGUCUCAACUUAGCUUUUUUCUGUUUAUGUGGCAAUAAAUUCUAACAGGCUGAUAUAAAAUUCAUUCACCGGUUAAUGGACUAAGCAUGCAAGUGCUGUAGUCUUAAGCAAGCACAUUGUGAAGCUCUGAAGGCUUCAUGUGGAAGAAUGGGGCCAGUAAGAUUCUAAAGACUUCAAAUCCUCAAUUUAUAUGGCCAUCAAUGAAUAACCAUAAACUGGUUGAAAUCAAUGCCAUUUUUACCCUUCAAACCAGUCACAAUCCAGCUAAAAGUUGUGUAAGAGGCGAAAGGGUUUUUAAAUGUGUCUUGAAGACAGAAUGUAUGAUUUCUGUUGGGAUUACAGGAAGACUUCAGUGUUCUGUUGGCCUCCUUGUUUUAUUUGGACUUGUUUUGUGCAUGUUGCUUUGGUUACUGUGCAUCAGUUAAGACUUCAUGUGCUUCAAAUGGUUUUUUGUUAUUUUUCUUUGCGGCAACUUGCAUAUAAUCUGAAAAACCCUGAAAUUUUUAAAAAACAACUUAAAACAUUAUUAUUUACAAUUAAAGAUUUGGAAGGCAGAGUCUACUCACAUAAAAAAUUGAGAAAAUCUCAUCUUUAUGGAUCAAAAGGAAUAACAGAAGAAUAUCUGGUGCUGACAUUCUGCCCACUCCUUAAUAUUUGGAGCCCAAGAUACCUUUUUUCCAUUAAAGGAGAGGAAUAUAUAUGCAUACAUAGUAGGGGCAGUAAGUGGGAGAUAAUGAACACCUGAGUCCAAGUACUAGAUGUAUCUGAUGGCUGGCAUUUCAAUAUAAUCCUUUGUUUUAAAGUCCAUGUUGUCAACAGAAAUGAAUGUUUCAUUAAACAUUUAUUUCUAGAAAGCAGUGUGAUACCUACUGACCUGUACCACCGCAGUGAUCCUCGCAGAGGUCCCCUGUGUGCUAUUUACUCCACACUAGAUGGAUGUUUUCGACUCUAAUGGGAUCCUUUGAAGCCCUGUUCCAACAAAGUGCUUAAGUAUCUUAGUAACUUCUCACAUCUGCAUUGCCUUGUGAAUAAAAGGAAUGACUAAUGUCUUUAAAAUGAAGUCCAGGCUUAAGUGCUUUGCUGGGUGAGGGCUGUAUUGCACAGGAAGACUGAGAUGUUGGCUGUCCAAAGAGACUUGGAGGCUAUACUGAAAAAUCCAUUUGCUUUGGGUUACUCUCUAGGAGAUUACAACUUUACAGUGCUCUUGAAUUAAUCUUUUUGAAUCACAAAAUACUUCUUCUGAGGGGAAAAGGAGAAUGAAAAUCAAGCAUGGAGAUGAGUGUAUAUUUUUCUGUGUAUUUACUGUUGCUUUGCAUAGUUCCUUUUGUUAUCUGCAUGGUUUUGGUAAAGAAAAGUUACUUUCUAUUGUUUUUCUGUACUAGAAAUGCCAAUCCAGGACUGCUUUACAUUCGAACAAUGUCAGCAUUUAUUUUUUCUUUCCAAACUAAGCAGGAAGGGAUCUUAGUUAAUUAUUUUUCCAUGUUAACUUUUAUUGGAACAUGAUUUUCUAUUCUUUUGUCUUCUGCUCUGUGACGAUCGUAUUCAGGAACAAAAACAAAGAGCAGAGGGAGAGGCUUGAGGUGCAACUAUGAUAUUUCCAAACACAGCUCCUCAGAAAAUGUGUGUGAGGAGGGUGCAAAUGGCAUGCCAUACCUCUUUCUGCAGCCUGAUGCACCUUCUUCCACAUUGCCUUUGCUCACUGAGCUUCAGGUCCAGUCUCAUUUGGUGGCUGUAUGGGAGAGAGGGUCACGCGCGUUUGUCCUGCGUAAUGCAGGAGAGCGCCCCAGUACUGCAGGGUUGGCUAUCAGCUCCUCACUGGGGUCAAGGUAGUUCUGUGGGGAGUUUCUGAUACCUGUGGGAUCUGUGGGAUCUGCUCUGAUGCUCCUUGCUCAUAGUGAAGCAGAAGCUGGCUUGGAGUCUUCUUCAUGGGGGUUGAGCACUGCAUUUUCUGUCCCUGCCUUGCACUGGCUCUACUCUGGUGUAUCCUCAUUCAUGGAGGGUUUUGAAGUGCAUCAGCUCUCUUGGCGGGAUGUAAGCACAGGCUCAAACACUUUCCCAGACAGAACCGGUCUCUUGACCUGUAUUGUUUUGGGCCAGGCUUUGUGAGUUAGUAUGAACAGUGUUGAAAAGGACAUCAGCUGCAGGAGGAGCAGCAAGGCAGAUCUUCCUUCUGAAUGCAUGGGUAGAGCUCCGGGAGCAGGUGGCCAGCAGCAGCAUUGGCCUACUUCUUAGGAUCCAGGUGUGGAGUAAGAGGAAAUUACAUGCACGUUGCUUUUAACUAUGGAUACCGUGAUUUGGCCAAUGAAAUUAAAUUCUUUUUCAUUUUCAUCAGCUGGCUAGUGUUUUUGGACAUGGUUUAUCUCACAGAACCAUAGCUGUCUAAAAACAAGAGGCCCAGUCUAAGUUAAUCAUCUGCUUUUCUCUGUAAUAAAGAAACAGCCAUCUCCAGGACAAAUGGACCCAAGGUACUUCCAUAGUUCGUGAGGUAGGUAUUUUUCCUAGUGACUUGAAUUGUGCCCUAUGUGGUGAGUUUUGUUAUAGCAUUUGCCACAUUUGAAGGUCAUACCUGUUCCCAGGGGUGUUCAGGUAAAUGUCAGCUGGAGCAGGACUGGAUCCUUAUUUUGCCAGUGUGGUUCCAGUUUUUGCAACAGACCUGAAGUGGAUAAAUUGAAAUUUUAGCAGUCUGAUUUAGUUUACUGGACGUACUGAGCUGUACUUGAUGCGUUUCUUCUGGUUUCUCAAGCUCCUUCUCUAGUUAAUGGGGACUAGGCAGGCAGCUACAGAGGCAAUUGUUCCCCCUGAAGUUACUAUUUCCUUUGUGGUCUCUUAGGCAUGUGUUUCGGGCACUGGCAGAAGAUUUGACAUUAGGUAGUGUGACAAAAAAAGUGUGGUUUGCCCUCAGGGAGGUACAUAACUCUUGCACUGGGGAUUGAGGGAGCUGAGGAAGGUACCUUAGAUAGUCUGCCUACCUGCUCUGGACACAUCAGAUUAGAGGAGGCGAGCCCCUCUACAUGGACGCUUCAGAGUUUAAACGUUUUGGCACUUAGACCUUUGGAGCUGGAAGUUCAAGCAAUUCCUUGCUAAAAUGGAAACUUGUUAAAACUAGUCUUGCAUUGUGGGUACUGUAGCACCGUGUCAUGUCCUCUAUAGCAGUUUGUGACAGGCUGAUCUUUGCUGUGCCAGUGACACAGGUCCUAUUAAUCCUGCCACACAGCACUAGUGAGUGCAUAAAUUAAGUGGUGUCACUGAAGUUAAUCGUGAGCUCUGCUGUUUGUGGACAGGGGCAGUAGCAUUUUCAGGGAUCAACUCCUACUGCCCUGUUCUUAAAUACCUGUUUUCAUAAUAUAUAAAGAGAUUGUUGUAAAGCAUCUCACUGAGUGGUUUUUAUAACCCCAGAUAUCGUUCUGCAUAUUACAUGUCCAAAAGUUGCAGGUUGAGCCUGCAAGCACAAGUUUCCUUUUAAUUCUGCGCAUAUGUUAGCGUAUUUCUGUUUCUGUGCACAUUUCAUGUAGAGUUUGUGAAGGAGUAGUGGUACUGUAGAAUAUGAAAUAUACCUUCAGUGUUUUUCUUAUUUUGAAAUCUUAGAAUGAAUUAUAACUUUAUGGAGUUGUCGGCUGUAGAAUCUUCCUUUAAGAGAUAUAGAUUUCUGUUGAGACCCGCUGACACCACUGUAACAAAGGGUGACCAGUGAAAAUACGUAUCCUUUGGCACAAGAAAUCCCUGUGGCUUAGCCCGCCAGCCUGCAUUCUCUGCAUUGUUUCUGCCUUCAAGAUACAUCACGAUUUUUUUUGACUCAUUUUCUUUCGGGGGGCCUCCGUGCAGCUCAGCACAUGCUUACCAAUUGCUUGUGUGCUUACUGCUAGAUAUUUGUUGGUUGCUGUCCACGUGGAGUGUAAAAAUGAGCUGCUUGGGACCAGUGAGAGGUCGGUAGAAGUGGAGGGAUGACUUUUAGACUUCUUCAGGCUACUGAAUACCUAAUGUGCUGGAUCUGUGGGUUUACUUUACUCUUUCAAGAAGAAAAAAAAUCUAAAAUGUCUUUUCAAGCAGAUUGCAAGGCAACAUGGAAGUCCUUUUAAAGUUGACGGGGUGUUCUACUUCAGUGGCAUCUGUGAUGUCUUUUUUUCUACACCCCAUUGUAGCUUAUUUUAGUAGCCCAUUUAGAGUAAUCAUUAUGCAAACUCCUUUCUAUUACUUCCAAACACCAGCUUUCCUGGCCUCAACGAUAAUUGUACCAACCUUAACAAAUGUGAAUUAGAUGUUGAGCAAUUAAAAAAAAUACGGAAAAAAUGUCUUAAAUUACAGUAAAACGAAAUUUAAGAAAAAGAUUAUGUUGAUAUAUCUAAAAAGAAGACAAGUCCUGCAGCAUAGCAAAGCCUUUACCUGUGUCAGUAAAGAUUUGUGAAAUAUUUUAUCUAAGUCAGUUACUUUAUUGUGAGAUACUGCCCUUGAAUCUGUUAUUGAAUUAUAUAACAUUUGUUCUUUUGUUUUUAAAGCAAGAGUCAAUGCAAGGUAUCAUUCUAAAUCAGCGUGCUAAAGUGUGCAUAUUCUGUAUAUCUAAUAUGUUGUCUCUUGUUUCUGUAAUGCAUUUGCAUUACUAUGAAUCAAUUUUAUUAUGCUUCUCUAGAGACUAUUGCUGCCUGCACGCUGUGAUAUAUUUGCACUGUUGUAGAUAUAUAUAUACACACGUAUAUAUAAAAUUAUAUUAUAUAAACCAUGUCUUUUUCAGGUUGCUUGUUACCUUUGUAGUUUACCUUUACUGGUACAGUGGACCUGAGUAAAAAUGUGGGAUGUGGGGCAUUCUGAUGAUAUAUUACAAUAAUAGAGACAUCUUUGUAUAUUUCUGUAUACUUAAUACCAGUAAGAAGAGAUUUGUAUGUGCAUUAUUUUCCAAACUAGGGCUUUGUUUUCUGAGAAUAGAGAACAUUUAUGAUAAUGUAACAAAAAAAAAUCAAAUAAAGUGUUAUUAUUUUCAGACAGA